UAACAUCCAUGGCUUUGAAGCAAACAUCUCUAGAUUGACAGCCAGUAGACCUUACUGAACAAAUAAACUUAUCAUCAGAUAAGUUCAAAAAAAAAAAAAAAACAUCAGAUCAGUUGUUCCCAGUUAAACUGUACAACAAUUAAAGAUACCAGUAUCGUGUUUUUACAGCACACUGAUGCUUAAUGCCAGAACAUCUACUGGAACAUGAAGGCCAAAGCCAAAGGGAAGAAGCAGAGGCAGACUGCUGAUAAAGAAGCCUUUUCUGAGGAGUCUGCAAUGCGAAAAAAAGAACUGGUGAAAUGCCUGCGGCACACAGAAAGGAGGAAUGGGGGAAGCAAGGAGAGCAGCAAGAUGGCUGCAGCCGGAGCCAAGCGUCCUUGGAGCAGUAAAGACAGACAUUUGAGGAGACUGGAAAGCAAUGAGCGGGAGAGGCAGAGAAUGCACAAGCUCAACAACGCGUUCCAGGCCUUGCGGGAGGUAAUCCCUCACGUGAGAGCUGAGAAUAAACUUUCCAAAAUAGAGACUCUCACACUGGCCAAGAAUUACAUUAAAUCGUUGACCUCCAUUAUACUUAAUAUGUCUAAUGGACACUUUCCAGCUGCAGAAGGGAUGGGGGGAGCCUGGGGGUCCAAACUGUACCAGCAUUAUCAACAGCAGCGUGGGGAUGAUGAUCAUGAGAAACACAGCUUCAGCAAAAACACCUAGUUAGCUACUACCUUCAUUCCUUGCACAGUAUGUAGCUGUAUGUAAAAAUCAUCUCUUUAAAACCUCUGCCCCCAUUUUUUUUCUUAUAAAGACAGAAGGUAACACUCGUUGCUGUAGUUCAUGCUAUGUAUAAAAAGUUAUCAUAAAUGAGAAGGAAUUGUCAGAGCUUGUGCUGCCAGAAGGGUUGUGAGUUCUCUGUUGAAGGCCCGAGUCAGCCGAAUUCACCAGUCCUUGCUGGGAGUCGUGGCUGUAACACUGAUGGCCAGCUAUUCCGUGCUUUGGUUCUUGCCUGUGCUAUAGUAGUUUGACUAACUGGAUGAGCAAAGUAGCACGUGUGAAGUUGGCCACCAAAUCUGAGUAUUUAUCCUGAGUGCUGAACCAACCCUGGAGUUCACUAAGGGCAAUGGAAGAUGUGAUCUUGGUUUUAUUGUGUGCCAGAGACGCUUUAUGGUACUUAAAAUGUACAGUGUGAUUUCAAAUCUUGCAAAACAGAAUAAGUUCUAAAAAUACUGUUACUGUAAACAUCUACAAAGCUUUCUUAGAGUGUGAGCUCUCUCGAGUAAGGGCGCUUUCUGGUCUAUGUUUUUAAAGGAUCCAGUCUCAUGGUGUUUUUCUUUAAUGGAUUUUUUGGGUGCCACUGUCAUAUGAUAUUAAUGAUGCACAAAUCAUUCAUUUUGCAAAGAACAUAGAAAUGUUUAAUAUCAUCUUAAAUUGGGCAAUGAUUAAUUACAAAUUAUUUGCUAGCAAAACCUACAAUGGGAUUGGGAUUCUUUCCGUGGUAGUUCUAGAUUCUGGUGUUACGAAAUACAAUAAAUGAAACAGGAAAAUAGUCUUGACAAAAAUCUA